AUGUGGAACCUGGUCCUGGACGGGCUUUUCGACCUGAGCCUUCCGGAAGGAUGCCAUCUUCAAGCAUUCGCUGAUGAUGUGCUCCUGAUAGUUCAGGCGAAAAGCGCGUCCAGACUGCAGGAGACGGCGGAUGAGGCUCUGCAUCAAAUUAACAACUGGGGUUUGGAUUCCAAACUUUCAUUCGGACCAUCCAAAACUGUCGCAAUCACCUUCACCAAUAAAGCCCGUAAGUGCCGUAUCCAUAUGGACGGUCACGUCAUCCCAUUUCAUAAUCAUAUCAAAUUACUCGGAGUCAUCAUCGAUCGCAAACUCACCUUCAUCCAACAUGUCAAUCACACCAUCGAAAAAUGCACAAAACUAUAUCAUAAAAUCAUCAAAUUCAUUCGUUCCACAUGGGGUGUCAGCCCCGGAAACAUUAGAACCAUCUACCAUCAAGUCAUUGAACCCAUCAUCUGUUAUGCUUCCGGAAUUUGGAGCUCAGCGCUCAAAUUCAAACUCUGCCAAAACAAACUCACCUCAUUGCAACGAUCAUUCGCUAUCACCAUCAUCAGAGGGUUCAGGACGAUCAGCACACCCGCGGCUAUCGUCCUGGCCGGUCUUCAUCCCAUAUGUGGCAGGGUUCGGGCGGCUGCGCAGGCCGAGCUUGCUCGGGUGCGCAGAGUCGCCGGAAUUCUGCCACAUGACAUUCCACUCGACUCACCCACUCCACCUUCCGAUCUCCUUCAUCCUAGGCAGAGAAGGGGAAUAUCCUUUAUGGAAGCCGACUCUGCCGAGGAACUCACACACAUUCUCGACCCCACCUCAUUCACUUGCUACACCGAUGGGAGUAAACAUCACGGCAAGGUCGGUGCAGCGGUCGUCAUCCGGAACCCGAGCGGCUCUACAGUUCUGAGCAAGAAGCUCAAACUGCAUGAUGUCUGCUCGGUGUUCCAAGCGGAGAUGGCCGCCAUCGACCAAGCAUGCCAACUCAUCAUCACAAAAAAACUGUCACCCGCAAUCAUCCUCACGGACAGCAAGUCAUCGCUGAUGGAACUGUCCAAUCAUAAUAGCACCAAUCAUCUCUGUAAUAACAUCUUUAAAUCACUCCAACUAGCCAAACAUCACAACAUCAACAUUUCAUUCAUUUGGAUCCGAUCACACAUCGGGAUAUCUGGCAAUGAGGAGGCCGACCUCGCGGCCAAAUCAGCAGCCAACUCCCAUUCAUCCCCCUCAUUCUGCAAAUUCCCCCUCAGCUACAUAAAACAUCACUUCAUGCAGUUAAGUAAAGCCGAACUAGAGGACUUAUACGACGCGACAGACAAUUGCCAGUAUACCAAGCAGUGGUGCAGCAAUUACGCUGAGCUGCUGCUUGUGAUACAGGCCUUCCCUCCAAACUUUCAUUUCACCCAGCUUCUCACCGGUCAUUCAUACUCCAAAUCAUACCUCAAACGGUUCGGGAUCAACUCGGACGACAAAUGCCCUUGCAACGAUGAUGCUCCGCAAACUAUGGAGCAUCUCGUCAAGGAGUGUCCGAGGUUCGGUCCCACGAGGCUCGACCAUGAGACGGCCUGUAGCAUGGUUCGGGUCUCAGAACCAUUCCAUCUCCCAUCCAUCAUCAAACAUCAAUCAACCAUCGACACUUUCACAUCACACAUAUCAUACAUCAUUCACAACCUCAAACAUUUUAAUCAAACAUAA